UAAAGAUAAAAAAAUGUUAUCUGCAAUUUUAUCGUAGACUACCUGACUACUAUUUUUUUGUAGACUGUAGUUGUAGUUACUACUAAGUACUAACUAAUUUUAACGCGACGUAUCGGCCAGGAUUGCUACAUUUUUCAACCUGUUACUUGUUAAUUUCCAUAGGAUUAGCAACUUUUGUGAUUUGUUGAGUAAUUUAGUUUUAUUAUUAAGUAUUUACAAUUUAUAUUGACUAAUAUCUGGCUAUAGUUUCUUUGUUAUUUUUUGUUUUUAAAUUAGUUACCUAGAGCCAAAACACAGAUCAAAUUGUGAUUGACACAGAUUAUUGUUAAUUUGAAUUUAUAAAAACGAUUUUGAUAAUAAUGGCUUUAUCAAAAUAUUUAUAUAUACUUUUUGCAUUAUUAAUGUCAUGUGUAACCAUCAAAACUUCAAAUUUAAAAUGUGAAGUGUGUUGUCGUCUUGUUGAGGAAAUCCAACGUAAUGUUAGUUCUGUGGAUCCAUCAAACAUUGUGCAAGUUUCUAAUUUUCGAUUGGAUGGCAAUGGUAAUCAAAUAAAACAUACUAUUCCAUUAGCUCGGUCUCAAUUAUAUUUAACAGAGGUAAUGGAUUCUGUGUGUGAAAAGAUGAAUGAUUAUGUACGUGCUACGUUUAAGAAGAAUGGCACACUGACAGUUAUGCCAUUGUUACUAGAUGGUCAAAUGAAUCCAUUGAUGAGUGAGGUGGAUGUGGUUCAAGACUCUGAUCUAAACAAAAGCUUACAGUAUUAUUGCGAAGACAUUGUUAAUGAUAUUGAAGAAGAUCUCAUAAAUAUAAUUAAGUCUGGAAAUGAUGAUCAAAUUGUUCAUUCUAUUUGUACUAAUGUUAUGCAACUGUGUCCAAAAAAAGAUAAUAAAGUAGAAUUGUAAUCAAAAGUUAUUAUAUUUAUGUUUUUAUUUAUAGUUUAUUAAAGUUAUAUUUAGUUUUUA